AUGGCACUUAUUGGUCUUAACACUCGGCUUCUACGGGCUGUAAGGCCUGCUCACCUGACAGUCACCAGAGGAAUAACAUCUUCUACAAUGAGGCUUCGAGCUACGCCAAAUGAAGACGAUGCGUACAACAUUGGCACUCCCACACCUGAGCAGCUCGCAGAGAUGAAAGCUUACUUGUCUGGAAAACCUGUUGCUCGUCCAAAAGACUCUCAUCCACUCGAUGCCCACACUGUUGAGGAUCUGCAUCAUAUGACAGCCCAAGAAGCCCUGAGGGAGACCGGCACGCGUAAGGACGCAACUAUGAGACAUUUCACAGUCAAUUUUGGGCCACAACAUCCUGCUGCCCACGGCGUGCUCCGCCUUAUUCUCGAACUUAAUGGCGAGGAAAUUCUCCGAGCAGAUCCGCACAUUGGAUUAUUGCACCGCGGAACGGAGAAGCUCAUUGAAUAUAAGACUUACACUCAGGCGCUUCCCUAUUUCGACCGUCUUGACUAUGUUUCGAUGAUGACAAACGAACAAUGCUAUUCAUUGGCCGUGGAAAAAUUGCUCAACAUUGAAGUCCCAGAACGGGCCCAGUGGAUCCGGACCAUGUUUGGCGAAAUCACUCGUAUCCUGAACCAUCUCAUGGCGGUGCUCACGCACGCUAUGGAUGUGGGCGCUCUCACCCCCUUUCUCUGGGGCUUCGAAGAAAGAGAGAAAUUAAUGGAAUUUUAUGAGAGGGUUUCGGGCGCCCGCCUCCACGCGGCGUAUGUCCGGCCAGGGGGUGUCGCUUUCGAUUUGCCUCACGGCUUACUGGAUGACAUUUACAAAUGGGCAACCCAAUUUUCUUCAAGAGUGGAUGAAAUAGAGGAAGUGGUAACAGGCAAUCGCAUUUGGAAAGCUCGGACGAUUGACAUCGGCAAGGUUACCGCACAGCAAGCUCUGGAUUAUUCAUUUUCGGGCGUAAUGCUAAGGGGUAGCGGAAUUCCCUGGGACAUUCGGAAGGUCGCUCCGUACGACAAGUAUGGUGAUGUAGAAUUUGAUGUCCCUGUGGGCACCCAAGGUGACUGUUACGACCGCUAUUUGUGCCGCGUACAAGAGUUCAGAGAAAGUCUACGCAUAAUUGGUCAGUGCUUGAACAAGAUGCCUUCUGGUGCGUAUAAAGUGGACGAUUAUAAAAUUUCUCCCCCACCUCGAGCAUCAAUGAAGGAGAAUAUGGAAUCGUUGAUUCACCACUUCAAGCUUUUUAGUGAAGGGUAUUCGGUGCCUCCCGGGGAAACUUACUCUGCGAUCGAGGCCCCGAAGGGUGAGAUGGGCGUCUACCUUGUCAGUGAUGGAUCCAAUCGGCCCUACCGCUGCAAAAUUCGAGCGCCAGGUUUUGCUCAUUUGGCUGGUGCCGACUUUAUGAUGCGACAUGUGAGAAAUCCGGCCAUCCAGUCAACCAGUCCCGUACUAACUACCCCAUUCCUUGACCAGCACUUCCUACCCGAUGCCGUCGCAGUGAUUGGGACCAUGGAUCUCGUAUUUGGGGAGGUGGACCGCUAG